AUGUCAGGGAGGACUCUACCCAAGGGAUUUGCUGACUCCUAUAGCUACUGCUGGAGAUGUCGAGACUUCUGGAGAGCAGAUUCGCGAGCCCAGACGGCCCAAGACGCACCUGCCAGUAAUCCAACGUGGUCUUUCACUUCGACAACCGGCAUAGCAAACCCUCUGAUGGAUCCCAAUACAGCCAACACUAUGCCCAACAACUCUGAUCAUGAACCAAUCGCCGACCUUGUUUCGCGGAGAGUCUCGGAAAUUCGCAACGUACAGGCACAGCACCCUCACGGUCAGUCAGAUCCAGAUAUUGCAGAACGACGACGUCGAAGAAGAGAACGGCCGAAUCCCUUCGGCACACGAGAGGAGUGGGAGUCAGAUCAGUACGAGUCGCCUAUCGCUGGUGUCUUUACGAGAGCCUGGACUAGAUAUCGGGACAUGGAGCCGCCCGAAGACGCCAAGAACAGGAGCAGGAAGACCAAUUAA